CACCUUCCACUUUUUCUUUGGGCGUUAUUUAUAGCUCCCUGCCCGUGUGUCAAUCCCUCCCUCUGUCCAAGCAAGUUGCGCUAAUUCUCUCAAAUCACCCCUUUCUCGCUUUCUUUCUCCACUCUCAUUGACAUAUUUAUUUUCUUCUUCUUAUUUAAUCUUUCUCACUCUUUUCUUCUUUCAAUUCAACCAAAAUCAUGGGUGUUGUCGACGUCGUAGCUCCACCCACCAGAUUCAGAGAUGCUCUCACUUUCUCUUUCCUUGUUCAGGUUGUUCGAGGAAGAUGGUUCUCCGUUUUCGCUUCCUUUCUCGUCAUGGCUGGAGCUGGUGGCACUUACUUGUUUGGUACGUACUCAAAAGUCAUCAAGCAGAAUCUUGGUUACGAUCAGACAACCUUAAAUCUCAUAGGUUUCUUUAAGGAUCUUGGUGCAAAUGUCGGAGUCCCCGCCGGUCUUCUCGGCGAGAUUACCCCGCCGUGGUUUGUUCUCCUUGUCGGUUCUGGUAUGAAUUUUGUGGGUUACUUCAUGAUCUGGUUAGCCGUCACCGGCAGGAUUGCUAAACCUGCAGUUUGGCAUAUGUGUUUGUAUAUUUGUAUAGGUGCAAAUUCUCAGAAUUUUGCAAACACAGGAGCUUUGGUUACCUGUGUUAAGAAUUUCCCAGAAAGCAGAGGUGUUAUGUUGGGUCUGUUGAAGGGUUUUGUUGGAUUGAGUGGAGCUAUCAUGACUCAGAUUUAUUUGGCUGUUUAUGGCCAUGAUGCUACAUCUCUUAUUCUUCUCGUUGGUUGGUUACCCGCUGCAAUUUCUAUAGUUUUUGUUUACACAAUUAGAAUCAUGAAGGUUGUGAGACAUCCCAAUGAACUCUCCGUCUUCUACAAUUUUCUUUAUGUCUCAAUUGUUCUUGCUUUGUUCUUAAUGGCACUCAAUCUAGCUCAGAAACAAGUAGUUUUCUCUCAUGCAGUCCAGAUUAUCGUUACCACUGUGGUUUGUAUCAUGUUGUUUGUACCUCUUUUUGUCGCCAUUAGAGAAGAGUUUCAUCUCUGGAAUCUCAAGAAACAGCCUGUAGAUCCUCCUACUGAGGUGGUAACCCACAAACAACCAGAGAAUGAAGUGACUCGGGAGGCAUCUGAGCUUCCUAUUUCGCCAAGAACGGUGGCGGAAGCUGAGAAAUCUUGCUUCGUCACCGUCUGUGACAAACCACCCAGAGGAGAAGACUACACAAUCUUACAAGCUUUGCUGAGCGCGGACAUGUUAAUCCUCUUCAUCGCCACACUGUGUGGAUUAGGAGCAAGUUUAUCAGCUGUUGAUAAUCUGGGUCAGAUUGGGGAAUCUCUAGGUUACCCAGCUCGAACCGUGAGCUCAUUUGUAUCACUUGUCAGUAUAUGGAACUAUUUCGGAAGAGUAUUUUCUGGGUUCGUCUCAGAAUCUCUACUCGUCAAAUACAAAGUUCCACGUCCAUUGAUGAUGACCUUCAUUCUUCUUUUAGCCAGUGUAGGUCAUCUCCUCAUCGCGUUCCCUGUCCCUGGCUCACUCUACGCUGCAUCAGUGAUCAUUGGGUUCUCAUUUGGUGCUCAAUUGCCAUUACUAUUCGCCAUUAUUUCAGAGCUCUUUGGGUUGAAAUACUUCUCUACAUUAUUCAACUGUGGGCAAUUAGCAAGCCCUCUCGGAUCUUACAUUCUAAAUGUGAAAGUAGCUGGGUUGCUUUACGACAGAGAAGCAGAGAAACAACUUGCAGCCAGAGGAUUGACCAGAGCUGCUGUUAAAGAACUGACUUGUCUUGGUAAAAGAUGUUACAGACUAUCUUUUGUAAUCAUGGCUGCAGCUACAUUCUUCGGAGCUUGUACUUCUCUGGUUCUGGUUAUGAGAACUAGAAAAUUUUACAGUGGUGAUAUAUACAAGAAAUUCAGAGAAAAUGCAGAAGCUCCUAAAUCGGAACCAGUUAAGAGGCCACAGUAGAAGGGAGUUUUCUAAUUUUGGGAGAAGAAGACAAAAGAAAAGAAAAAAAAAAAAAAGGAACAAUAAGAAAAACCUAGUUUGAUAAAGUAAUCAAAUGGGAUCUCAAUGAAUAGGAGGCAUCUAGAUUUGGUCCUAUCUUUAUAAUUGACUGGUGGGUUGCUUUUAUUUCUUCUCAAUUGACUUAAAAUAUAUGAAGCUGUUUCAGUGGGUUGGUUUUUCUCAUACCACUUCCAUUUGUAUAAAACAAAGUAGUAUGAUUUAAAGCAACUCUUUUGUUUUGUUUUUUAUAUAUAUAUAAUGGUCAGUGACAAUCACGGGCUAUUGUUUUCUUA